CAACAAAGAGAAAACCAGUGUGUACUCUCAAAAUCCAGUUUCCACAGUCCUUCAACGUCUUCCCCCACGCUUGGUAAACCCUCAGCCUCUCUCUCUCUCACUCACUUAGGCAGCCGAGACUGCAAGAAUGGGAAGAAACAAUUUCUCGAUCUUAACAAUUCUAUUGGUCACACUCCUUCCCAUUCUCACCCUCUCUUUCUCCACAGAUUCCCCAACAGAUCGUCGCCUCUUAGUCCUCCUCGACGACUUGUCACUCAAAUCUUCCCACUCAAUCUUCUUCAAUUCUCUCAAAUCUCGUGGUUUCGAUCUUGAUUUCAAGCUUGCUGAUGACCCAAAACUCGCCCUUAAACGUUAUGGCCAGUACUUAUAUGAUGGCUUAAUUCUCUUUUCUCCUUCAAUCGAAAGAUUUGGUGGUGCAUUGGAUUUAGCUGCUGUUCUUGACUUUGUCGACUCGGGUCAUGAUUUGAUUAUUGCGGCGGAUAGUUCCUCUUCUGAUUUGAUUAAGAGUCUGGCUACUGAAUGUGGGGUUGAUUUCGAUGAGGAUCCAUCUGCCUUGGUUAUUGACCAUAAAAGUUACGCUAUCGCUGAGACUGAGGGUGAUCAUACAUUGAUCGCUGCCGAUGAUUUUAUUGAAUCUGAUGUGCUGCUUGGAAAGAAGAAAAUUGAGGCUCCUGUGCUCUUUAAAGGGAUUGCACAUUCUUUAAAUGCAGCGAAUACCCUGGUAUCGAAAGUCCUUUCUGCAUCUCCUUUGGCUUAUUCAGCUAAUCCAAGCUCCAAAUUGUCAAGUCCUCCAUCAUUAACUGGAUCUUCCAUCUCGUUAGUUUCAGUAGUGCAGGCUAGAAACAAUGCUCGGAUUAUGAUAACAGGUUCAUUAGAUAUGUUUAGUAACCGAUUUUUCAGAUCAAGCGUACAGAAAGCUGGGAGCCCAAGAAAAUAUGAUAAAUCUGGUAAUGAGCAGUUUGUGACUGAACUUAGCAAAUGGGUCUUCCAUGUAAGAGGUCAUCUGAAGGCUGUGAAUCUUAGACACAAUAAAGCUGGGGAAACAGAUGAGCCAGCAAUGUAUAGGAUCAAAGAUGAUCUGGAUUUUUCUGUUGAGAUAUAUGAAUGGUCUGGAAAGAGCUGGGAGCCAUAUGUGGCGAAUGAUGUCCAGGUCCAGCUUUACAUGAUGAGCCCUUAUGUUUUGAAAACCCUAUCAAAUGACAAGAAGGGCUUGUAUCAUACAUCAUUCAAGGUGCCUGAUGUUUAUGGGGUUUUCCAGUUUAAGGUUGAGUAUCACAGGCUUGGAUAUACUAGCCUGUCACUCUCCAAACAGAUUCCAGUUCGGCCCUUCAGACACAAUGAAUAUGAGAGAUUCAUUACGGCUGCUUUCCCCUAUUAUGGGGCUUCUUUUACUAUGAUGGCCGGGUUCUUUAUAUUCAGCUUUGUCUACCUGUACCACAAGUGAGGCCCCAUUGUAAUAGAGAGGAUUGCACUGCUAUGAAGAUGGUUCUUUCUGAUAUACACUGAGAAAUAUAUCGAGGGCCUUGUAACAGUUUUCCCCCUCAGUUUCAUUAUUUAGGAAGAACUUAUUGUAGUAAAAUUAUCCGGCAUGAGUAUGGCUCUUCUGAGGUGGUGCCAAAGCUUGAACUUGUUCAGGUAGGUGGAGCUUUCCCGCAACAAACCGCAAGGCCAGAGAGCAUAGGUACGUCUCUUUCUCCGUGAAGAAAACUGUUGACGAGCACUAGAGCCAGAAAAUCCAACACAGUUUUACUACAUGAUAAACAAACUUCUAGAUUCUGGUCUCAUAAAUUUGCCAGAGAUGGUGCCAAGUCUCUUGUCAAUUUUUAUUUC